UGGAACAAGAGUCACUGUAAACACGCCCUAGGUUUUUGCUAUGCUAUACCAUACCUUCCCGGCUUCCAGCGACCUGUUAGGCUCCGUCUUGUACGUACCCAAAGUAGUAGACUGUGGAUUCUGUUACCAGUUCAGCAAGUAAUAAUCACGUGAUUGACUAUUUUACUACAUGUUUUCAUCAUGCUUUGCGUAUUCCUUCAGUUAGAACUUACAAAUAAGUGAAAUUGUGAAAUGUCAUUUCGUCCGUAUAGUUCGCUGUAGGCCUGAUCGAUUCGUAUGUGUUUUCAAAGUAGGGGACAAAUAAUUAAAUGAUACAGAAAAGUGACAUUCUCUAUAUUCCUGUGUAAUUGAUACUUGUUAUAGUUUUGAGAACACAAGUCUGCAUUAAGAAUGGUGGAUUCAGGAGCGAAGGACUCCCGACUUCUGGUAGUUGUUGGUACACUUAUUGAAGCAGCUGCUGACAGAGAUCAUGCAGUGCGUGAAAUUAUCACUACUUCUUUAAGGAGAAUUGCUAAGAAGCAUCCAAAUUUUGUGCUAAAAAAUAUAGUUUCAUGUCGGAUGAGAAAUCCCAAGAUUUCGGCAUCACAUUUGAUAGCACUGUUGCAAACAAUGGAACAGAUAUGUAAGGAGCACUUGCCUGAUAUUGAUGGUGACAUGGUGCUUCAGUUGAUUGACUUCAGUUUAGAGGAGAUAACUCAGACUACAGACUAUCAGCCAGAUCUACAUUUGCCUGCAUCUGGCAUUCUGGUAGCUUUGGGACAAGUUCACUGCAAUGAAGUGUUGGGAGGUCUUCUCAGGCACUUCCAGCCAGGUGUAAUUCCACACUAUUCAAUUCUGCACACCAUGGGAGCUCUAGCUUCGGCUAAUGUAUUUGGUAUAGUACCAUUUGUUAAAGCAACCCUGGGUACAAUGCUACCCAUGAUGGGCAUGUUACGAAAUGAUGCUAUGAAGCAAGUAUUUUCAUACACUCUGGGGAGGUUCAGUGAUGCAGUGGCUGAUUACUUAGCAAACAUAGACCAAGCUCCAGAUCCUACAGUGAGGAAAGAAUCGUUUUCAUCAGAAAUAAAUAUAGCUUAUGAUGUCUUGGCAAAUACAUGGAUCCAUACAAGGGAGCCAAAGGUCUGUGAGAUGGUAUUACAAGCGAUUGGUCCGAUGUUUUCUCUACUUUCACCUGAGAAAAUUUCCGAGCAGGUGCCAAGACUCAUUCCUGUUCUGCUUGGUUUGUACCGACGGAAUGUGGACCCAUAUCCUGUAACGCAGUGUCUUUCUGCUGUCUUACUUGUGGCUCUUGCUAAUCAUAGGAGUUCUGUAGAACCACUUUUGGACAAUCUGCAGAAUAUCAUGUUUGAUUUGGUAUGCAUAUCACCAGACUACGCUCAGCCUGCAACUGCAAAGAAUCAUUAUGAAGUUCUGCGAUGUUUUGACUGUUUAGCGGGCCAUUUCCUGGACAAAGUCAUUGAACUUUUGAUUCAGCAGCUAAAAAACAAUAAUGAUAGAGAGAGAGUGAAGGCCCUGUUUGUUGUCACCCACCUUGUGAACUCAUCAGAAAAUAUCAUUCGCUCCAGGAUUGCCAGCCUUGUAACUGCUUUGAGAAAUAUGUUGGGAGAACAUAAUGUCAAGGUGAAGAAGGUGCUUCUGAAGGCUAUAGUUGCAUUUGCUUACCGUGGCUAUUUGGAUGGUACUGAAGGAAAAGAUUUUGUGGAAUUUAUUGUGAAACACUGUUGUCCUCAUCCAACACCUGUUAUAGGAAAAGACUUAAACAAUGGUAGUUUGCUGGAGGAACUUCAAGAGACCUGUGCAAACACUCUCUAUCUCCUUACAACCACAGUUCCACAGGUGGAAAACACUUUGUGGCCAAUCCUGCUUCAUUGCUUGCUAACAAGUCAGUACACCCCAGCGUGCUCUCAUAUCGUUCGCUGUCUAGCACUUCUAGCAACAAAAAGGAGAGACCAAGUAAACUUCACUGAAAACUCUGCCAAAUUGGCACAGGAAGUAACAGGUCCACAUGUUGUACUGGGACGGUGCUUGGCGCUACUGGGUUGUCCUCUUAAGUCUGGCAGAGGAGUUCAUAUUCUUCAGUUCCUCAAGAAUUAUGCUUUGAAUGUCAGUCGCCAUUUGAAACCACUCUGGGAGAGCAAAAUACCACAGUUGGUCUCUUACCUCGAAAAUUGUAAAGAUAGUUGGGAUGCACGAGUUUGGGAAGAUCUUGUUCUUGAAUUAUUAUCAGCAACUUUAACUGAGAUGGAUGAAGAAAAAUGGACAGUUGGUCUAGGAGUGAAGUUAAUGGAGCAGACACCACUUUAUCAGAGCUACCCAGAGGAACGGGGGAUGCUGUACAAAUGUCUGGCUGUAACAGUUUGCCACACCACUGAUUUGCAAUUCAUCAGUCAUCAGCUGGAUGCUAUGUUGUGUUCCAUGAGGCAGAAUUCAGUUAGUGAAAGCAAGGCUUGUGCACGAGCAGUUGGGAUCUGUACUCGUAACCACUUAAAUCUGGUAUUACUGAAAUUAGAGAGGCUGAUAAAGGAAGAGCUGACCCGCAAAUCAUCACGCCUCCUUGGCUUCAUGAAAGAUGUGAAGCAUGAGGGUGAGGUGGAGCGAAUAAGACUGACACUGCUGUUAUGUUAUGGUGAGCUAGCACUAGAGGCCUUGAGCUGUGAGUUGCUGCCACAUCUGGAGCAAGGUAUUACACAAUGGGUGCUUCAGCAGCUCCAGACUGCAAAGGAUGCAUCUGUUAGAGAAGCAUCACUCAGAACACUUGGCAACAUAGCAGAAGCUCUGCAUCCUAAUCGCAACACAUUGAAUGUAAUUCUUCAUAGCCGUAGUGAGGUGCUGAACCAGACGCUGAAUCAACUGCGUCCUCAGUACAGUAACGUUGGUCUGAACAAUAGGCGACUGGAUUUAUAUCCCAUGGUUCUUCGUGUUGCAGCAGCUCUUAUUAAAUUGCCACCAUCCAUCGCAGCAGUUUUUGUGCUGAAGAUCUGUUUCGACAGGGUAUACAACGCUGCAGCUGCAGUGGCAGGGGACAGCAGUCCCGAGGAAUGUCUUGGUGACAUCAGCAACUGUGUGGAUGUGGGAUGGACUGACCAUAUGACUCUCAUCCUGGGUUGCCUAAAUACCUUGGUCCAGCAGCUUCUCUUGGACUCUGUAUCUCCAGCCACACUCGAUGACAUCUUUACACUUUUGGAGCCAUGGCUAAUUAAGAAAAACUGUCACCAGAGGGCAGCUUCUAUUAACACUCUCCAUUCCAUUCUGCAAUGCUACUUGGGCAAUGUAAACUUUGGCUAUGAGGCUCCUAGCAAGUUUAGCCAAUCAGGCCUGAUUCUGGGACAGGUGGUGCCUCGAUGUACAGAUCCUUGCAUGGCAGUGAGGCAGGAGGCUAUCGACUGUGUGCGAUUGGUACUUUGUUUGGCAGCACUUUAUGAAGGUCAUGUGGUAGAUCAUGAUAAUGACCAUGCAAGUGAUCUUUCACAAAUCCGUGAAAAGGUUCAUACUGAAGAUCCAAAUGAAUUGUUCAAAGUUACAAAUGAAUUGGCAAAGAUAAUAUGUACAAGGUUACCUCAUUUUCAACGUAUACAUUUCUUGGAGAGCCUUGUGAAUGGUCUCGAAGAUGUGGAGCCAUACAGCUCAAGUGGUGCCAGUGUGGUGCUUACGGUUCUGCUCAAAUCUCAUGGCGGAGAGCUGUAUCACCAAGUCGGUGACAUACUAAAUAAUAUUUUGGAGAGACUGGUGAACAUCCAGUGUGCCCAGACCCGCAUGGGCAGUGUACGGGCAAUACAAGCUCUAGCUCAUCACCACCCCAAGGCUGUAGUGACAGGGCUUCUACACCAGCCACUGCCGUAUGACACGUCUGUGGUUGAGUGUUGGUCAGUAUUGGCUCAAGAUCCUGCCCUGUCUGCAGACAUUAUUGAGCACUUCCUGCAACUUAUGAAUAAUGCAGCACUGUAUGAUGAGCAGACAGACAGGGAAAAACUGAGGAUAGCAGCUUUGCAGCCACUUGCUGUGAGUAAUUAUAAAUAUAAUAGCAUUAAUGACCGUGCCUUGCUGAAAACAUUUCAGGUUCAGUUCUGGAGAGCAGUUCAAGUCAUGCAGUUGGGUCCAUUGACAUAUGCAUUUUUAUUUACUUGUUUUUUGCAGGCUAUCAGUGCGAUGCAAGAAAUGUUCCGGCUCGCCACAAUGCAAGAGAUUGCUGUCAAGAGGUUUCCAGAACUGUUUUCUACUAUGCUAAUUGUGCUCAGUUGCUAUAUUGGUACUUCACCUCCACAGCAUACAAAGGGCAAGAAAGACAAGUCAGUCUUUGUUCCUAACCAAAAUGCAUAUAAGCUGAAUCCAGCAAGAGUUGCAGUAGAAGCAUUUAAAUCAUUCUUGCUAUGUUCAAAGUGUGAGCAUGUAGCAGAAGCAAUGCUCCAGUGCACGCACGUGGGUAUUGGUGAUAGCCUUGCUUCUUUCAUUGAGAUGAUUCCUGCUAUUACAAAAGCUCUGUGUUACCGCAUGCCUCAGUCCAUGCCUCGACUUGUGACCUGCCUGAACCAGUAUGUCACCAGUUCUUUGGAACCACAGAGAAUAGUAGUUGCUGCUUUUUAUGCAGAGUUAGUUUCUUUGAAUGCCAAUGGACAAGCUGUGUUAUUGGAGAGCAUUGUGAGCAAUCUCUUGAGUUGUUUGAAUGAUCCAUCUCCUGUGGUAAGACAACUUUGUCUUAAGGGCUUGGCUUCUGUGUCUCAUCUUGCAGAAGAGCAGAAGAAUCGACAUUGCCAACCUGUUUUGUCAGCACUAAUCCAGGGACUGGAUGACCAUGAUAGUAGUAACAACAUUCCACUUGAAGCCAUGAGAGGGUUCUCACAGAUGUUACAAGUUGUGGAUGUGGAGCAUGUGCAAGGUGUUCAAGUAUCAGUUGCACUUCGGAUAAAGCCCUAUUUUGAGAACGAGAAUCCUAAUGUACAAGAAGCUGCUUUCCGAAUGUUUGGAGACUUGGCAAAAUUUGGAGGAACUAAUUCCAAAGGAGCAUUUCAAGAACAAGUCACCAGCAACUUGGUGUGUCUUCUACUUCACUUGGAUGACAGCAGCAAAACUGUGGUCAAGGCUUGUAAGUAUGCUUUGAGAGAGGCAAGUCCUCUGUUGGGAGCAGAGAAGAUAAACACAAUGAUGCAAGACCAUCUGAUAGAUGCUGGAAAUUUGCAUUACCCAGAGUUCCUGGCUGAUCUUGUGAAGAUAAUGGUUGAAGAGUUACCUGAAAUUACUCCAGCUCUUGUGAUGAAUGCACUUGUGUACAUCAAAAGCUCAUGGCCAGUGAUACGAGGGAAUGCAGCUAUGUUUAUUGGUCAUUUGUAUGGAAAUCUAUCUGACUGUGACAUUUCAAGCAAAGUUCCUAUUGAUACAGUAUGUGCACGUCUCAUCCAGCUCCUGCAGGAUGAUGAUCAGGGAGUGCGAGCAAAGGUGGCAAAAGCUUUGAGCUACCUUGUUAUGGUGUAGUUAAUAUUACGAGGUUGUGACUCACUUUGAAUAAAUAAAAGAACAGACUGAGACUAGGAAUUAUAUUUUACUUACUGAGAGCUGGUGUGGUUCCUUAAUCAGAAGUUAAAGUGCCUGUGAUUGAGAAUACAUUUUAUUUUACCAAAAUAUCCCAUAGAGUUAAUUUCUUUUACUUUUUUUUUUUUUGUUAAAAGUUUUCUUUCAUAAAAGGCUAACAUUUCCAAGUUUAUUUUUAAGUUGCGUUUCAUCAUGUGCUCCUGGCACACUGUUUUCCAGAGCUGCUGUAUUAGACAUUAUGAAUUAGGAACAGUUAAUUAUU